AUGGAUCGCCCCUUCAAGCAACGUCUACCAGACAAGCAGAUCCUGGAACAUGAUCGGAAGCGCGCGAUUGAGGUGCGCGUCAUGGAGGAGAGGGAUCGACUUGAGGAAAUUAAUGAGAGGAUUGAGGAGAAGCUGGCCAAGAACAAAAACAGCAAGUCGAAGACAAGCUCUAAAAAGGACAAGGAGGAGGGUGAUAAAGAGGAGGGCGAAGACGCAGACGAUGAUGAAGAGAAGGUUCUUACAGAAGAAGAAAUUGAUGCGCGGUGCGAGAUUCUUCGGGUCCGGUUACUUAAGGAGCUGGAAGGUGAGCUUGAGGGCGGGGGUGGGAGUGGCGUGUUUAAGAAGCCUGCUGCUGGGGGCAGGGAUAAGAGGCAUCUUAAGUCUUACCAGGUUCAUGAGCUUGCUGAGGCGAAGAUUGAGGAGAGCGAGCGGUUGAGGAGGGCGCUGGGUAUUCGGGAGGAUCGGGAGACUGGGGAGCUUUCUAGUUCUAGGAAUUCGAGGGAUAAUCGGGAGAGGAGGAGGGAGAGGGAUUAG